AUGACUGUCACUGACAAAAAAUCCUAUGUUUUUCAAUGCAAAAUCAGCGAAACACCUGCCCAAGUUAUAGGUGGUAAGGGUACUCGUAUUACUGUUGAAAAAGAUGGUAAAGUAUAUGAUGACGUUAUCGAUGGCGUUACUGGUGCUGCUGUUGGUGCUUUAGGGUGGGGUGAUGAAGACAUUGUUGAUGUUAUCACUGAAGCCGCCAAAACUUCUACUUAUACUUUCCCAUCUUUGAUUGGUAACAAACAAUCUGAGGAAUUGGCCAAGUUCUACAUUGACCAUUCUCCAAAGGAUGCAUUUGCUUCUGCUUUGUGGUGUUGUUCUGGUUCUGAAGCCAAUGAAAAUUGUAUGAAGAUCAUGUACCAAUACUGGUUAGAACGUGGGAAAACAAAGAAAACCAAGUUUAUUUCUAGAGAUAGCUCUUACCACGGGUUUACCAUUGGUUCUUUAUCUAUUGCCGACAAUGCUCGUGCAGUUGCCUUUAAGGAUAUUUUGUUGCCAGGAACCCAAUGUUUGAAAAUGCCAGUUUGUUAUCCAUACAGAUUCCAAAAGAAGGGUCAAACUGAAGCUGAAUAUGUCCAAGGAUUAUUAGAUGCUUUGGAAAAGUUGAUUGUUGAUAAUGAUCCAGAAACUAUUAUUUCUGUUACUGUUGAGACUUUACCAGGUUCAUCAAUUGGUACUGUUCCACCACCAAAGGGAUACUUGCCAGGUAUUCGUGCCUUGUGUAACAAAUAUGAUAUUUUGAUGCACUUGGAUGAAGUUAUGUGUGGUACUGGUAGAUCGAAUCCAAAUGGUGGAUUGAAUUGUUGGGAAAACUUUAUGCCAUUGGACCAAGGUCCAGAUUUACAAACUGUUGGUAAGACUUUGGGGUCUGGUUAUGUUACCAUUGCUGGUGUCUUGGUUAGUCCAAAAGUUAAAGAUGCUUAUGUUAAAGGUAGUAAUGGUGUUAUUGGUUCACAUACCUAUGCCUCCCAUGCCUUUAAUUGUAGUGUUGCCUUGGGUGUUCAAAAGAAAAUUAUUGGACAGGGUUUAACUAAGAACAUUUUUAAAAUGGGUAACUUGAUGGGUGAAACUUUAAAGAAGGAGUUAUUGUCCAAGGAUAAUAUCGUUGGUGACGUUAGAGGUAUUGGUGGGUUUUGGUCUUUAGAAUUUGUUAAGGACAGGGAAGAAAAGAUUAGUUUCCCUCCAAAAUUAGAUAUUGGCCAUAGAUUUCAAGAUGUAUGCUUUGAAAAUGGCAUAAAUGUGAUGGGUAUGACCGGUAACUACGAUUACAUGACUGAUGAUGGUGACAUUGCUUUGUUGGCCCCAUCCUUUAUCAUUACUGAAAAAGAUGUCGAGGAAAUUGUUGCAAGAGUUGUUAAAUCAGUCGACGACUUGACUGCUGCUUUGAAAAAGGAAGGUGAAUUUUGA